UGCAUAUAGGUUGGAUGAAGCACUUACCCAGAAAAAGAGAGUAUAUUAUUAUACCACAGUCCAUGUUUGGUGAAUUAUAUGUUUAAGAGGUGAGGAUAUCAGAGCUACUAAUCCUAUAUAAAACUGAACACAGAGGCGGAGCUUCAACUGACGCUAUGAGAGCCUUCAGUUAGAGGUCGGUAUUGGACUUAUUCCUUAAUCAUGUUUCCACCAGCAACAUCACUCCUGUCCCAGGGGACAUUUGGGUACCUGCUGCCCAUCAUCUCUUUCAUCCUGGCCUGGAUAGAGACGUGGCUCCUGGACUUCAAGGUCCUGCCUCUGGAGGCUGACAUUGAGAACAGAUAUUGUUCUGUAAUGGACGCCCCAGAGAGGGCCUCCUUUGUGCACCCAGGACUGCUUUCAGAUGGGCAAUUUUACUCCCCACCCGAGUCUGUAGCAUGUGAGGACCCAAAAGGCUUCUUGUUGGAAUCAAAUGUUUCAACUGAAAUCUAACUGACAUUCUGUGUCUUGUUAUGGGUUACUUUCCGCAGUAAAUGUUGUAGCCGAUUAUUCGUUUUAAUCUCUUUAUGGUGACAGUGUAUUGGUGUCUGUUAGACCACAUAAACUAUGCAUUUCUGACUCUACUGACUGCUCUGACAUUUUGAGAAGCUCCCUGGAAACCAAGA